CCCGACGAAGAGGGUCCCGACGUUGACAUGCACAACGAGUUAAAGCGUCUGCGACGCGAGGUCGAGGAGAAAGAUCGCCGGCUGGAAGAACUGGAGCGCAUUGUUUCCGGGCUUCAGCAAGCCAUGCCCCAGCCGACGAUGUCGCAGGGACAGAUGAACGCAACGUGAACGGCUUCCCAGUGAAGUCCGAAUGAUAUGUCUCGGUAUCUCUUAUCAUGAUGUUGUUUUUGUUUUUCUAUAUUUUGUUUUGUCUGCCUUCUUUUCUCCCCGCCUUUUGCCUUUGUUUUGCUUUUUAACUUUUAUCAUGCCGUCUUCGCUUCUUAUUGUGUUUGCAUUCCAUGGGCGUUUCAUUUAUAUGCAGUUCUACGGGCCUGGGGUUUGUGUUCUAUGUCUACAACAACAGAGGAAGGUUUAUGGGAUGGUCUAUAUUUCAGAACUCGUGGAUUUACAGCAAGCAGCUUUGAAGAACAUGGCGUUUGCAACGAGGGGUCGACAAUGCAGACCCGGUGGUGUUUUUUUACGGUUUUAUUCCUCUUUCUCUAUUCCUGACAUAUACCCAGGCGUUGUCCCCUCAUCUCCUUUGUCCCCUCCCUGCCUACCUACCUAGCUUUUUCACUCUCGUCUCCACUUUUUACUCUCCCUUGCUUUUGACGCUGCAGCCAGCACUGUUCAACAGCCGCGAUGAUAGCAAGGAGGCAGGGACUUCAA